UGUAACUCGCCUCUCCCACCGCAAAUCUGUGUGUGUUGGCUUGGGAUUGGGAAUCCCCAAUUGUGGUUGAUUUUGGCGGUGGCAGUUGCAUUUGCAGAAGCAGCUCCCAAAUUCAGCAAAAAUUGUGAAUUAAUCGAUCUAUUAGGGCUUCAACUGACAGACGAAAUCAGCAAACAAUCUCGUUCAUGGCUCGGAGUCACUGCUUCUUUGACUCCGGGGCUCUCUCGCCGGCGUUUGCUCUCAGGCCUGCAUCUCCGCCUCCGAAUUUGAAUUCCAACAAUGGCAGCUACUUUUCAACUCAACCUCACUGCGCCAGACUCAAUCUCGUUACGAGACCAGCAGUUGAGACGGCCGCCAUUAACGGCAACGACUGCGCCAGAGUGUACGUGGUGUCUGAUUUGCACACCGAUUACUCGGAAAACAUGUCCUGGCUCAGCUCCUUACCCAACCACAACGACCGCCAAAGUGUUCUCCUUGUUGCCGGCGACGUGGCCGAGACUCACCAGAAUUUCGUCGUGUCAAUGUCCAUUUUGAGAGACAAAUUCGACCGCGUCUUCUUCGUCCCUGGAAAUCACGAUCUAUGGCUCCGCAGGGAAAAAAUUGAUUACUUGAGUUCACUUGAUAAGCUGGAUAAAUUGCUGGAGGCGUGUGAAAAGCUCGGCGUGGAGACGAAACCUAGCAUAGUUGAUGGGGUAGGAAUUAUCCCAUUAUAUUCCUGGUAUCAUGAGAGCUUUGAUGAAGAAAGAGACAUAACUGGAAUCCGAAUUCCAUCUUUGGCGAUGGCAUGUAAGGACUACCAUGUAUGCAAAUGGCCUGACGAACUAAAAAAUGGAGAUACUUCCCUUGCAAUGUAUUUUGAUUCUUUGAAUGAUGAAAACGUUGGUGUAGUUGAAGAUAUCUUGAAGAAAUGCACUCAUAUCAUCUCAUUCUCUCACUUUCUUCCAAGGCAAGAGUUAUGUCCAGAAAAAAGAAUGCUCUUCUAUCCCAACCUUCCAAAAGUAAUUGGCUCGAAGUAUCUUGAGAAACGAAUAAGAGCGAUACAUAGAGCAGAAGGGCAGCUACCAGCAUGUCAUGUGUUUGGUCACACUCAUUUUUGUUGGGAUGCUGUUCUUGAGGGUAUCAGGUAUGUUCAAGCACCUCUAGCUUAUCCAAGGGAAAGAAAAAGAAGAAUGAAUGGAGGUGAAGAUUGGCUGCCAUUUUGCAUUUACUCAAGUGGGAAUUUCUCGGAGAAGCUCUCGCCUUGCUACUGGUCUGAUCAUUACUCUGUGAAUCCCAGAACACCCAACAUCACUGAACUUGCUCCCUGGGUCGCCAGGUUUUACUCCAAAGCCUGAUAACUUAUCUCAUUUUUGCUUCUGCUUUCUGUGUAGUACCCAAAAGGAAAACUGAUAUCUGAACUUGUACAUUGAAUAUAAUGAUAUAUUUAUUGCAGCAAGAUUUUGUGAUCCGAA